AAUGUGUCUCUCGGAAUUUGCUGACCAAUGCGCUGGCGUAGAUCGUGAAAGCAGUUCGUUUUCUGCGGACGCAGCUUGAGAGUCGAGACUACCGAAAAGCAGCGCCGGUAGUUGUGUAGAAGAAGGUGAGGUGGAUGCAGCGGCGCACAGUGCAAUGGAUCUGUCGUGAAAGCCGGCUAAGAAUUAGCAUCAAAUGAAUUGAAUGAGCGAAAAUGUGCUUGUGAUAAGGACGUACAGAAUUAUAAUUAAGUAGAAGAGGAAUGUGCAAGUGAUUGGAGAAGAACAAGGGCCUUUGGGAACGUUUAAUUUGAUUUUCGGGGCGAGGUUUCAGGGGGUUUCGAGCCAACCGACAACAAGUAACAAACAUGUUGAGCAGCAAAACGAAGCAUUAUUUGCAUGUGGGCUUGCUGAUUACUGUGAUCGCGGUCUUCGAACUCUUCUCCGGCGGAGUAAAGGUGUGGAACGACGAGACACUAGAGAUCAACCCCUGGGUUCGCUAUGGCUACACAUGGACAGUUGUUUUGUACUUGCUGAGGCUCGUUACUUUUCUGCCAUUGCCCCAAGUUCUCUUCAAUUUCGCCGGACUGAUCUUCUACAAUGCGUUCCCCGAUAAAGUCGUUCUGAAAGGAAGCCCUAUAUUGGCGCCCUUUAUAUGCAUUAGGGUCGUCACCAGGGGUGACUAUCCCCAACUGGUGAAGAUGAACGUUCAACGAAACAUGAACAAGUGCAUAGACUCUGGUUUAGAAAACUUCUUAAUCGAAGUGGUCACGGAUAAAGCCAUCGGGUUGGAGCAACAUCGGAGGAUCAGGGAAAUUGUUGUCCCGCCUUCCUACAGGACAAAAUCAGGCGCACUGUUCAAGGCGCGCGCCCUGCAAUAUUGUUUGGAGGAAAACGUAAACAUUUUAGCCGACUCUGAUUGGAUCGUCCACCUGGACGAGGAGACACUGUUGACCGAAAACUCGGUUCGUGGUAUCCUCAAUUUCGUCAUGGAUGGUAAACAUCAGUUUGGUCAGGGCCUCAUCACCUACGCUAACGAGGAGGUCGUCAACUGGGUUACAACUCUAGCUGACAGUUUCCGCGUCGCCGACGACAUGGGCAAAAUGCGUCUGCAAUUCUAUAUGUUCCACAAACCAUUAUUUAGUUGGAAAGGAUCGUACGUUGUUACACAGUUAGCGGCCGAAAAGGCGGUGUCCUUUGAUAACGGUUUGGAUGGAUCAGUGGCGGAGGACUGUUAUUUCGCGAUGCGAGCUCACAAGGAGGGCUACAGUUUCAAUUUCAUCGAGGGCGAGAUGUGGGAGAAGUCGCCGUUCACGCUGUUCGAUUUCAUACAGCAGCGAAAACGCUGGCUGCAGGGAAUUCUUCUGGUCGUCCAUUCGAAAUCCCUGCCCGCAAGAAAAAAGAUUCUACUGGCCAUUUCGUGCUACUCGUGGGUGACCCUGCCGUUGUGCACGUCGAAUCUCAUCCUGGCCGCCCUCUGUCCAAUACCUUGUCCACCUUUGAUCGACUUCAUUUGCGCGUUCAUCUGCUCGGUCAACAUCUACAUGUACAUUUUCGGUGUGGUCAAAUCGUUCACCGUCUACAGGUUCGGGCUGUUCAGGUUCAUGCUGUGCAUCUGCGGCGCUCUUCUCACCAUGCCCUUCAACAUCAUCAUCGAGAAUAUCGCCGUAAUUUGGGGAGUCGUCGGCAAGAAGCACAAAUUUUACAUAGUCAAUAAGAACAUUGCUCGGCAAACCAUCCAAGUGUAAAAAUCCAAUUUAAUCAAAUGAUGCACUAUCUGAAUUUCCAAAGAAUUAAAUAACAACAACAACAACAAAAAAACGUGUUGAUUGUUUCCCCCUCCCCCCUUUCGUUAGAGAUCCUUGCACUGAGAUUUGCGCUAAUUCACACGGAAUCUUCGACAUUUCAUUUAAAUGUUCGUUUCGAUUAUUAUUAUUUUUUCUUACACUACUAUCAUUAUGUAACUUAUUUUAUUUAAACUUACUUUCGUAAAUUUCCUUAAUCGUUUUCACCUGGAGAUACGACGACUAUCUUGAGAAUGACGCAAGGCACUUACAACAGUUACUACUUCGAGGGCACAUAUAGUUUUUAAGCAAAAAACAAUUGAUGAAUAAAUUUUGUAUCCGUUUUUUUGCUAAGCGUAUUAUACACAACAAGAAAAACUAAAACAAAACCUUCCAGUUUAUAUUCAACAUUAUGGCCCCCCUCCACCCACAAAUAAAAGAACAUUACACUUUUUUUUUCACAGACGAAAAAUAUCUGAAUCAAUAAUACAUGAACAAUGGUUAUUGCUCCAUUAGUUUUAUUUGUUUUUCUUUAUAUAUAAUUUUUUGUUUGUUUGUGAAUAAACUAUAAAACCCGCUUACAUUUCUAUUAAUAUUCAUUAUUAUCAUUAUGUUAGAUGUGUAUAUGCUUCAUAUUGAGGCUGGAGGCUUCGUGUUCAAUUUAGCUAUU